AUGACAUAUAUUUUAUAUCUUGAACCCUCAAAAACAAGCAAAUUCUAUAAAAGUAUUCAAAAUUAUUUUGAUCAAACAUUAAAGUUAUAUGGACCAAAUGAGGCGCAUCAAUAUCCUCCUCAUUGUUCAAUGACGGGAUUUUUCAUUUUGAAAGAUGAUAUACAACGAAAAUUAAAUCAAAUCAUCGAAUUAAUUGACCAUUUUUUAGAAUCUCACAAACAUGAAAUCAGUAAUGGCUCAAUACAAUUGAAGGAUAUUAUUUGUUCACCAGCAAGUUUGUUGAUUUCGUUACAAGUAUGUCAGCCAUUACACCAACUUGUACAACUUAUUUCCCAUUUAGAUUCCAAUAUUCGUCCUAAACGAAUUGACCAUAUUUCUUUAGCUUAUUGUAGUAACUCUUUUGUGGAAUGUCAACAAAAAUUAAAUAAUAAUGACAGAAUGCAAAGUAUGUUAGAUAUGGCACGUGAAUUGAUUGAAUUUGACGAGGUGAAUGAUGGGAAUUGUGGUUCUUGGGAUAUUGUUUUCUAUGAAAAUUUAAAGCGUAGUCAGAAGUUGAAUGAACAACACAUUUUCCAGGCAAUUAAAAGAUGGAGAAUGUGA